GAAUCAGUUCGACUUCAACAAGCGGAAGGGACACAACCAAUAACAAAGCAACUCUCGACAAACUAAACACCCCCUACCUUUUUUGUGCGUGUGCGCGUGCUCGUCGAGUUUCUCCUCAAACAGGUUGGACCAGGACACACCUGCAGGGAGUAGAAGAAGAAGGCACUUUUUUGUGGACCGACAGGACUCCAUUUCUGAGCUACGAGUAGGACGGACGGUUGGAGGAGCAUCAGGAGGGAACUUUUCUCUUUUAUUGGUCCAUUUUUUUAGUUUUCUUUGGUAAAUUCAUCAUGAAGAUGUGGAUUGCGCUCGUGCUAGCUACGCUGGCGGUGGGAGCUUCAGCACAAUGUUCAUGUUCAUCCAUGAAGUAUGCCACCUGUGAUGGAACCCCAUGCACCUGUACGCUCCUGGUUGGCAAAAAUAUGAAAGAAACACUAAACUGUGACGCCUUGAUUCCAAAGUGCUUCCUGAUGAAGAAUGAGAUGUUCCGAGCCAGUAUUGCGGGCCGAUUUGGAGGAAAACCAGUGGAGACUGCCUUUGUCGACAACGAUGGCCUCUACGACCCAGAAUGUGAGAACGAUGGCAAGUUUAAGGCCAAGCAGUGCAACAAAACUGAGGAGUGCUGGUGCGUCAACAGCGCUGGUGUUCGCAGAACCGACAAGGGAGACAAGAACCUGAAGUGUGACAAGCUUGUGGAGACAUACUGGGUUCGUCUUCAGCUCAGACACAAACCAGUGGACGGAGAAGUGGACGCCUCCAAGAUGAAAGAUGCCAUUAAAGAUGCAAUCAACAAACGUUACAGCAACUUCAACAAGGACAUGAUAGAGAACGUGGAGUAUGACAAGGACAGCCGCAUGAUCGUUGUGGAUGUGAAGAAGCCAAAGGGAGAACGCAAGAGUGACCUGGCCAACAUGGCCUACUACAUGGAGAAAGAUGUGAAAGACCUGCCCCUGUUUAAGGACGGUGUGAAGUUUGAGCCAAUGGUGGGGAACAAGAAGCUGGAGAUGAAAGACAUCCUGGUCUACUACGUCGAUGAGGAGGCCCCCACCUUCACCAUGAAGAACCUGUCGGGUGGAAUCAUCGCCGUCAUCGUGGUGGUUGUGCUGGCUGUGGUCAUUGGCCUGCUGAUCCUGUUCUUCUACAGAAGGCGGGAGCAACAGCGGUACAGCAAAACCCACCAAAGGGAGAUGGAUGCCAUGUAAAGUCUUCGUCAGAACCUGAGGAUCUGGAGAUUCAGCCUGUACAUCAUGUUUUCUAGGAUUUGCAGUGGGACGGUGCCAUUGUCACCAUUUUACUUGAGGAAUGCAAUUUGUAAAGGAACAAUUAACUUGCUUUUUUGUUGUUUUCAUGUUGACGGCACAACUUUAACAACCGUUUAUUUAUGAAAUGUGUAAGUCUUUACCUUCAUCCAAUCACUCUGCCAUAAAGAACUGUGCUUUUAAAAACAUGCCGUGUUUUUUAUGUUGAAAUUUUAAAUUCCGUGUCAUACUUUGUACAGUUUCUUUCUUACUAAUGUGUGUUUGUUGGAUUGUUUUUAAUAAAAAAUGUUUUAAAAGA